AAUGAUCCGGAGGGCGGCAUUGAAAAGCGCAAGAGUUCGCUGGCAGGCAGCGUGCAGUCAGUGAAUGCCACCGGGUUCUUCCAAAGCAAGCGAAAGCGAGCUCGAUCACAUCCCAAAGAAAGUGUGCUGAAUGGAGCUGCUAUUCCGGCGCCGCAUGUUCUCGGCGAAAUUGUCAAUGUCUCAGCACUUGCUGUUGCUAACGGCACUGGUCAGUUAUUGUUUAAGCACUUGAAGAAAUAA